UACUACUACUACUACUACUACUACUACUACCACCACCACCACCACCACCACCACCACCACCACCACCACUACUACUACUACUACUACUACUACUACUACUACUACUACUACUACUACUACUUCACGCUGGCCUUAUUUUGGACACAGAAAAGAUGAGCAGUGUCUGCAUGCCAGGGUGGCUGGCUGGGCGCCUGGUGGUGGGUCUGUGUGGUGGCAGCAGGCAUCAUGCAGCAGAAGCAGCGGCAACAGUGGCUGAGCUCGGUGUGUAUGGCAGAGCGACAGCACAGGUGGUGAGGGCCCAGGCCAUGGCAGCCAAGCGGGGUGGGGAGGCACUAUCUCCCGUGUGUCCCACUAGACGCAAGCGGCGGCCGUGCAAUGAGCCACUGGAUUUCAUCUCACUCUCCCAAACACCACCCCGCACCUCCAACCCUGCAGGGAACCUUGACCUUGGCAGCUUCAUCUUCAUUGAUACCACACCCACACCCGUGCCCGAUGCACCCGCUCCCCCAUCAUACAGACGCAUAGCCCCACAUGCUGCCCAUGAUGUUGAGGUGGUGGAUGUGUCAGACACAUCGCCGAGGCCCCGCCAUAGCUCAGCCAGCGACUCUGACAUCGCCGUGGUAUAUGAGGGGCCGCGGCUGGGUGGGACGGGGCUCGGCGGCCCCACCAUAAGCCAGCAGCGGGGCUGCCACACUAAGGCGCAACGUGGCAUUAAUACCCGAGCCACGGCAGCGCCAGCCCUGGCGCCAGCCGAGGAUGAUGACCAGCCCGGUGAGGUGGAGGUGGUGGACCAGGAGCCAUGCCGCAACACCGAAGUGGAGGUGAUUCAAGUGGACUCUGUGGAACACCACCAUCAGCAGCAGCAGCAGGAGGAAGAGGUGGAAGGUGAACAGGUAGUGGUGGUGGACAGAGAUAGUGAUAGUGAGAGGCGCACAGCUGGCAGUGGUGGCGGCAACAGUGUAGGGGAUGUGGUGGUGGACAGUGACAGUAACAGUAGCAGUAGUAGUGGUGGUGAGGAUGAGGUGAUAGAUGUGAGCGGGGAAGGCUUUGUAUCACUGGGCGGCUUGGCGGUGCAGCACUUGGAAAACACCACCAUUGACUUGUCAGAUGAGGUAUUGCGGCGGCGGCGGCACCUGGAAGCACUGCGACCGUGGGAGCGCACUGGUCUGGGUGGGCAUGUUGCGCGGCAUGGGUUGCCGAGUGGUGCAGUGCCGCUGACGGUGGUGAGCUACAAUGUGUUGGCACAGAGCCUGCUGCGGGACAACCCAGGCCUGUACCGCGGGUGUGGCGUGGAAGAACUUGCGUGGGAAUAUCGGUGGGCGCUGUUGCAGCACGAGGUAGAGGGGAUGCAGCCUGAUGUACUGCUGCUGCAAGAGGUAGAGGCACGACACUACCACAGCCACUAUCUACCCUGGAUGAUGUCGCGGGGCUUCCAGGGUCUGUACAAGAAGCGGACGGGCACCAAGGCUGACGGAUGUGCCAUCUUCUACCACGCUGACAAGUGGCUCCUGGCGGAACACACCUCCGUAGAGUAUCGCCAGCCCCGUGCCCCCGACGUGUUGGACCGCGACAACGUUGGCCUCAUCGCGCGCCUCGUGCCUCGCCAAUGCGGCGGCGGCAACGACGGUGGUGAUGCAGGGGUGGUGGUAGCCACCACACACUUGCUGUACAAUCCGCGGCGUCACGACGUUAAGCUGGCGCAGGUGGCGGUGCUGCUGGCGGAGUUGGACAGGAUGUGCUACAUGGGACAGGCUUCGGGGCAGCCCCGGUACUGCCCUAUGGUGGUGGCUGGGGACCUGAAUGCUGAGCCACACACGGCCUUGCUCUCCUUUCUGCUGGAGGGACGCCUCCAGUAUGAGGGGCUGGGCCGCCGCACACUCACCAGGCACUGCUUGCGUGGCGCAGAGCUGGGCGCUGAGCUGCUGCCACCCGCCUUAGGCAUCACCAGGGCCUGCCAGCACGCUGCGCUGGCCCAGGGCCGAUGGCUGGAGAGGCAGCAUGGACCCAUCAUCUCCCCCGUGGACAAGCGCCGUCUGGAGGAGGCGCUCAUCCACCUCCACCACUCAGACCGACCCAACACUACCCCUGCAUCCACCCCUGCCACUACCAUGCUGCACGACCCCUCUCAGUGGCCAGGCUGGCUCAGCCACGCCCUGCUGCUGCAUUCAGUCUACAGGCGGCAGCGGGGGCGGGGAAUGGACCGUGGAGGUGCUGGGCCCGAGGUGACCACCUUCCAGGAGCGGUGGAUGUGCGUGGACUACCUGCUGUACUCCCGCGUGCGGCGCCACACCGGCCCGGCCACCGAGGGACGCCUCAAGCUGCUCGAACGGCUCACCUUGCCCACACCACGUGAGGCGGCACUCUUCAGCCCCAUGCCAUCCCCCGUGUGUCCCUCAGACCACUUCCCUCUAGCGGCAAGGUUCAUGCUGCUCCACAACUCCUGAACACUCACACCCCACCACACACACACACACACACACACACACACACACACACACACACACACACACACACACACACAC